AUGGAUCUUAACUUCGAGAGCGAACAAGAUCAUUGAAAGAUCCUUAUUUUUUUGGCCAAAACACCCUCCGUGAGCGAAUAAAAUUUUUUAAUUAAAAAUAUUUUGAUAUAUAAGUAAUAAUUAAUAUAAUGAAAUCUCUGGCUAAUUCUGUUGAAUUUUAAACAGUUAGCAUUUUAAAACAUAAAUUCUACAAAUUAAAUUAAUAUUUGCUUUGAAACCACUCUAAAAAAAUUUCUAUAUAAAUAUUUUUUAAUCCCUCAGUAAAUGGACAAAAAUUUUUUUUUUCUUACGGAUGGCGGGGAGUAAGCAAAUAGCACUCAGUAUUCCAGAAUACUCAAUAGAUAAAUUUUCUGAUUCAGAAGAAUUAGCACUAAUUAUAAGCUGCGACCAAAAUGUGCAGAAAUUUUCUCUGCCAGCCAAAGAUAUUCUGUUUAAUUUAGACAAUAUAACACAAGCAAGAUUUUGAUCGUGUUCUUGACUAUUUUUUGCUACAAAAAAGGGAUUGUUUCGAGCUUAAAAAAUUAAAUCUCUAAACAGUAUAUAAACCCUGCUCAGCCAUUUGGGUAUUUGGCUUUCCAACAAAAUUUGGUACAGCCAAUUUACCUUUUUGGCCUAAAUCAUCAGGAAAUCCAAACUAAAGCCAUACUCAGGCUAUAAUGAAUGCCAAAACUCGAUUACUUUUUCUUUAGUUAAUGGGAUCGAGCAAAUUGGCCAAACAACCUUAAAAGUAAAUACUCUAGAAAGUUCAAAAAUUGAUAAAUGAAUCAGUCUCCAAAAACCCGCAGAAAAGCCAAGGAUUAUUCCUAUGAAAUCACAAACCGACAAUAAAUUUCACCUCAUUGGACAAAUAAAAACACCUAAAACCGCCUGCCUAAAAUGCACACAAGAGGACAAAUUUUACAACCUAAUGCAGCAAGACAUAAAAAAUCUGCAAGACACCCACGAAUUAGUCCUUAAAAUAGCUAAAGAAUGUGACCCAGAAAAUAUCAGCAUUGAUAUCACCUCACAAGAGCUAGGACUUAGCUUGCCAGAGCUCAGACUUGGAGAAGGAGAGUUAUCAAGCCACCAAGCUGAAUAUUUAAGGCUGCUUUUAUUAGGGCUAAACGAAAAAUUAAAAGUUUUGCAGAUUUUCAAGAUAAGGCUGAUUGAUUAUCAUAAUCAGCUGAAGCAUGAAUUAGCAGCCAAUGAGCUGCUUUUUGAAAAAAUAGAAAGGACAAAAAUAAGCUUUGACAAGAUUAUUGAGGACCAAAAUGCUGAAUUUGAAAAAAUUAAAGGGAUUAAUGUUUCGCUAGGAAAUCAGCUUGGGAAAGUAAAUGAAAAGCUAAAACUGGCAGAAAUACAGAUUAAUGCGAAUAAUUAUGAGAUUGAACAGCUAAAAGCGCAGCUUCAAGUGAAAAGUGUUUUUGAAAAAAAUUGCUUUGAUAUGCAAAAAGAGAUUGAUGUUUUAAAAAAAACAGUUAUGUUAUAGGAUAAUCUUUCUAGUCCGCGCUUCGUCUGCUACACAUUCUGAAGUAAGCAAAGCGAAUAUUCGUCUUGAACGCAGGCGGAACCCUGGCUUCUCGGUAGAGGUGAAGCACUGAUGGCCGUUACUGAUUUCGCUGACCACUCAAUUUCAAACUCCCGACGCCAUCCUGAUAUAGCCGUUCCCGGCUAUAUAUACUAAGCCUACACCUGAGCGUUGCGCCCUUGGCAACCAUUUUCAACUGGACGGACCCCGACUUGGUCAUAUAAUUUGCCACCUCUCUUUUCCUGUUAUAGAUUUUCCCAUAGAUGGCACUGUUUGCCCUUGAUUUGCCCACUGAAAAAAUUUUUUGGUUUGACCAAACCAUAUGGUACUGGUCGAACCAAAAAAUUUUUUCAGUGGGCAAAUCAAGGGCAAACUGCGCCAUCUAAGGGAAAUUUCUAUAUCAGAGAAAGAACUCAAUUCUUUCGCCAUUAGGGCGAACCACAGUAGCAGCUUAGGCAGGUAUAUCACCCUGCUUCAUAUCGAAAACACUGGGCUGGAUACUGCUGCAAAAAAAGUUGCAUUUAAAAGCCAAGGAGCCAGAACCAAAAACAGCGGCUUUCGGUCGCUUUGAGACUGCUGACUAUAGCAGGGCCAUAAACGCAGCUCAAAAUCCAUGCCGGUAUACAUAAGGUCACUUUUUAAGGAGGGGCAGGUCACUCGUCCAGUCGUUUUAUAUCUAUUACAAAAACAGUUAAAAGAUGCAAAUUAUAAAAGAGAUGAGCUAAGAGGUCUCUAUUUAGUAAGCUUAAAAGAGCAUGAAGAAGCACAAAAAGAUAUGGAUAAAAAAUUUGAAGAAAUUAUUAAUAAAAACAAGGAUCUUGAAAACAGCCUAAUUUUAGCCGAACAAAAAAUUUCUGACCAAAAUUCAGAAAUCAAUUCCCUCAAUACAAAAUUCAGCCACAUUGAGCAAGAAAACAACACAAUGAAAUUUGAAGCCAUCAGAUUCAAAAACAUCGAAGCCAAAGCUUCUCAAAUGGAAGAAAUCGCUAAAAAGCACCAAUCUUCUUGCCAAAAUUUGCAUAUGAAGUUAUUUGACAUCACAAAUCAAUUCCAAACUGAAACAAAAUAUGCUAAACAAGAUAAAGAAAACCUUUUAGCAAGCAAUAGGUCUUUACAAGAAGCCUAUUCUGAGCUUGAACAAGAGCUGAUAAAGCAUCAAGCAGAAAUAGAAAAAUUAAAUAAAGAAAAAACUGACCUCCAAACACAGCAAGCAGCCUUGGAAGAGCACUUAUGCACACAAGAAGACCAAAACCAAAUAAAAGAUGAGCUGGAACGCAUGUAUGAAAUUCAUGAAGACAUAAACCAACAGAUCUAUAAUGAUAUAGAUUUCAUUACAAAUAAGCUAGUAGAUGAGUCUUCUAAUAGUCUCCAAAACCAGCGAAUUUCUAAUAUUCUAUAUAAAAAUAUAUGAGAAGGUAAAAUUUUUAUAAAAAAUAAAAAAUUAUUAAAAAAUAGUUGAUAUAUAUACUAAUUUGCCUAGAAUUGUUUAUUAAAAUAUCAACUGGCCUGCAUGCCUAUCAUUUAUUUAAUUUUCCUCCUCGAUAUUUGAUUGAAAUUUUCACUCAUGAGACAUUGAUCUUAAUUUUAAUUCUUUUUUUAAGCAAGAAUUGCCCCAAGAAUACAAUAUUCCAAUCAAAUGACAUGCAAAAGAGUGGCUAGACCUAAAAUUGCUUAUUAUUGGUCAGUUUUCCGUAAAUUAUUAUAUCGGGAAUAGGCUAAAAACAAUUCUUGAAGACAGGGAUGGAGAAAUUGAAGUUUUAAGAAAUAUGGUUUCUGAUCUGCAGAGCAAGCCUGAUGUUUAUGUAGCUGUAAAAGAUGAUCCUAUAGAUGCAGCUAUUGCGGACUAUGUGAACACAAGAAAAAUUGAUGUACCAUUUGUAAGGGAAGAUCUUGGGAUUUAUCUUUUUGGCUCCAAAAGAGUAUUUAUUAAGUUGGAGAAUGGGAAAAUCAUAAGUAAGACAUAAAUAGUCCGAGUAGGAGGCGGUUAUAUGAAAAUUGAUGAAUUUGUGGAGCUAUAUACACUAUUUAUAUUAAAUAUAAGCUUUCUAUAAAAAUUAGCUAAAAUUCAUCCAAAAUCUGUAUACGCCUUUGGAACUUGAAAAAUUUGAAUCCAAAAAUAAAGAAGACGCAAGCUCCCAAAGAAAUUCUAUAUUAUGCAAGCUUGCAAGCAAUAUAGGUAAACAAUAUAUAGUGAACGACAAAACUGGAGGAAAAUUCGAAAUUUCUCCUCAAAAAGCUGCUCAAAUAUUAAAAGAUGCCUUUUCGUCUGGAAACACAAAAUAUUCUACCUGUAUAGCGCUGCCUAGAAAAAUGUCGCCUCGGCAUCAAACUUACACCCAAGGAAAACCUAACCCGACUUCCCCAACAAGGAAAUCUCAGAUGUCUUUUGGAGAUAAUACAGAUAGGGCUGAGUAUUAA